AUGCGCGUCGCCCGCGCGCCCGCGCGCGUGACGCGACGCCGCGUGGGUCGACGCGCGCGCGGGCGAUCGCGCGACGCCGUCGCCCGGGCGCACGGGCGUCGGAAAGGCCCGCGAACGCCCACCGUGCGUGAUUUCACCCUGGCGGACGACGUGCGACGGGCGAGCGACGCCGAGGCGGACGUCGCGUUCGUGCGCGCGCCGCCGAACGCGCGUGGGAUCGCGCGCGAGCGCGCGCGAUACGCCAGGUCGACGUCGACGCGCAGUGCGGUGGUGAAUUUGAUUUUGGGCGCGCGGGAGCGCGAGCGGGACGCGGCGGCGGCGACGACGGGCGCGCGGCGAAACCACGCGGAUUCGUGGAUGCGAGGACGGAUAUUCACCACGGCGGGUGAGAUAUCGACGUUCGAUCGGGCGAUGGUGAAGGUGUGCGCGAGGACGGUGACCGCGCUGGGGGCGUUCGACCGCGCGACGGCGCGCGCGGACGAAGACGCGGCGUCCGGGACGGAGCGCGACGACGACGACGACGACGACGACGACGACGCGCUCGUGGACGUCACCGAGGACGCAUCACGCGCGAUAACGCGCGGAAUCGAGGAGAGCGAACGCCUGUGCGCGGCGCUCCCGAGGUUGGAGGAGAUGCCGGACGCGCGCGCGUUUUUCGCCGCCGCCGAAACCGCGCUCCGACCCGACGCCAUCGACGACGAUGACGCUCGCGUCGACGACGAUGACCCAUCGCCGCGGCGGUCACGACGUCGCACCAACCGCGCGGUGUUCGCCGCCCUGCACUCACCCAGUCGCGGAAUCUACCGCGUCGCCGCCAACACGAACGGGGCGAACAAGGCGCUCCACGCCGAGAUGAACCUCCUCCUCAAUCUCAGAACCACUUCGGCGCACGCACAGACCCCAGACGCACUGGACCCGGACACGACGUUACUCAUCACGCUCCAGUGCUGCGAGAUGUGCGCCGCGCUCGCGUGUGAAUUCGACGCCGUCGUCGCCGCCGAGUACUUUCGCGCCGACGACGGCCCGCUCGCCCGGCGCACCGCGCUCCAGAUCGACCCACAUCGUCGCGAGCGCGCCUUCAUCGCGUCCACGCCUCGACCCACAUGA